CGACACCUGGUCGAUUAUCACCUGACUGUUGGGAUUGUAUAUUACGAUUUUGUUUAGUUGUAUGCCAUUCUGUUUUAUCACCUCCCUUAUAUUUACCGUCAGGAUUGUCUCAUUCUUCAUCAGUUAGUUCAUCGUCUAUGGCAGCUUCUCAGUUGACGAGUGCUUCCGUUUCUGGAGCAGGAACUGUUGGUGGACCUAACUCUGUAACCAGUUUUUUCAGAUCUUCGUAUUAGCAAAGAGCCAUCUGUUAUACUUUCAACUACUUCAGAUUGUAUCUCGAAAAUGUUAUUCAGUACUUGGUUGAAAGCUUGUAUUUAUUGUUUUCCAAAACCCCAACUCUGGAUUGCAUUCAAAGAGUGUGCAAAAGUAUGGCGACAUCACUAUGCAUUUAUCCAACAUUGGUCUCGCCUUUCUGUUGAACUGUCUAUUGCUUUACUUGGCAUAAUUAACAAGAACAUCGAAAUACCUGCUUUUAUCCCUUCGACCCAAUCAAUUCCAUCCGAUAUGCCGAAUGAAAAUGUAAAAGAAGCUUGGAUUCGUACACUUUAUUUGAUUGGUAAUCCUGUAGAUUUGAGCCAUGAGCGGGUAAUAUGUAAUACACCAAUUUUUGAAGAGUAUAAAAAAUAUUCUCAUUAUGAUAGAAUUCGAUGGACAUGUCUUUACCUACCCUACAUAUAUCACCAAGCUCUACGUGGUCUAUCAAUGAUUGUAGAUGGAUUUUUAGGGAUUCAACCAAGUCUUACAAUUGCUAUCGAUCCUUAUAUUGGUGUUAUUCCAGAACUUUAUGGUCCUAUUGGUCGAAUAUUUCAAGGUUAUUCUUCGAAUAAUUUGUUUCAUAGAUAUACCCCUGAUUCAAAUUUUGGAAAUUAUGAUGAUGAAAUCAGAAAAUCGCUAGUUGUGGGCGUUUCAAGUGUUCACACUGGGUCACGUGUAGCCGCAGGUAGUUUUUCUACGGAAAAGGCGAGCAGAAAAUCUAGAUUAGCAAGCGUUGUCACAUCUGCUGGAAUACUUGCUUCUGCUGGAACAUCUGGAGGCUCGAAGUCUGGAUUUGCUCCAAUCAAUAACACUUCAGGAUAUCAGCAUAUUUCGCAUACUAGCAGUUCUUUAACUCCGAAUGAAAUUAAUGCAUCUUUAACAAAUACCUUUCAACCGUCACAAACUGCAAGUUCUCAAGUAUCUUCACCGUCAUCGAAUAUUUCGUUUAGUGGACAGUCGUCUAAUCAGAAGUUAAGUACUGCUCCACUCUUAUUAUCUUUUCUGACUAAGAAAAAUCCACAUGUUGAACAUUUACGGAGUUUAGCUACAACCUGGUUGUCAACAGAUUCUCAUAUUAUUCUAAACCCUCAUAGACCAGAGAUCAACUCUUUGUUACAACUAUUUGGUGCAUGGCUUUUUGAAGCCUGUGUAACAGGGAUUAAACAAGAUUUCAAUGAUGGAGACUUUACUGUGAUUAGUCAUCGGGCUAUUUUAGUCGAUGGUAGUCGUUUUCAAGUUGGUCGCGCAGAAGCUAUUGGAAUUCUUUGUCGCAUAAUGAUCUAUGCUCAACGUGGUCGAUUAUCUGAAGAAUAUCUGACACGAUUUUAUUUAUGUCUUUAUUAUGCUUUAACUAUUGAUUCAAUGGCUAAAAAUGAUUUUGUCUUAUCUACAGUCUUAUUCUACAUAAUUGAUUUAUUCCGUACUGAUUUGCCCGGUAUCAAUAUACUAAUACCACGCGUAUUUGGUGCUUGUCAGUACGUGUUAAAAGAAGAAAUAAACAUGAAACCUGAAUAUUUAUCCACGACCUUAGUUCAACGUGCAGCUAUACACCAGCUUAUGUCCAUGGUAUGCAUUCCUGUGCAGUUCAAAGGGGCACAUUUAAAGUCUUUAAUUCCUCUUGCACCUGACAUCAAAGAUCCAUGGUCAAUGAAUGAUAUGCAUAGUGCAAUGGUUGAUAUUAUCUGCAACACUUUGAGUAAUUUAGAUGAUCCAUUGAAUUUUCAAUUGUUAUUAAGUGUUGCAUUAGCUUUGAUUGAAGAUAUGUCUGCUGAUGAAAUGCACUCAUCGAAUGAUCGAAACGAGUCUGGAAAAUUUCACACAAUAUCAAGUUUCUUCAAUAUUUUGACAUCACUUCUGUGUGGUAAUCUAGUAUACAAAUGGAAAAAUGACCCAUCUGUUAUGCUUUACCUAUUGGAGAUUAUUUCUGGUCUAUCUAGUGUACGUGUUACACCUGCGGAUCCAUCUACUUACAGACAUACUGUUCGAUCAAUAUGUGAAUUUAUUACAAACCAGUGUAAUCGAGAAAGAAAAGAUCAUAAAAGACAGUUGCAUAGUAUAAUUGUUUCCGCUUAUUAUUGUCUAUCAUCAUGGAUUGUACAACAUGUAAACUUGUUAUUGCCUGAUCGAGAUUGUAUAUGGACAAUUUUAGAGACAAUUGAAUUAGGAAUUUGUGGUGCAAAAUCUAAGAGCAAGCAUAUAAAAGGUGAAACACCGACUACUACCCUAAAAGGUCAAAAACCCUUAAUCCCUUCAUCGAAACGUGUAUGUGAUGCAGCUGAAGCAUGUCUGUCGAUAUUGAUGUCAGUGGCUGGAUCAUUCCCUGGUCCAUCUGGAACAUCUACAAUAUGUUCUCAGCUAGCGGAAGAUAAUAUUUCGAAGUUGAUUACACAAGAAGAAACUGAUUCAUCUAAACAUCGUUUAGAAUUCCGCUAUUUCUGGUCAGAACCGGGUUUAAUUCUUGGAUUGUGUGAAUUGUCUUCUAAUAUGUUUGAAACAACUGUUAAACCGAGAUCGUAUUUCCCGAUACAAGCUCCAGCAGCAAUUUUGAUAGUUCGAGGACCUUUCGGACGUCAUGUUUGGGUGAUGCAUAUGCGUCAGUCACCACUGACUGGAAAUGAUGUUACCUCUCGGUUAGGUGAUUCCUCUCAGAAACAACAAUCAGAAGUAAUUAAUCGACCUAAACCAUGGGGUUGUUUCCUUGAAAGACUUAUUACCACUGUUACCAACAAUGAAAAUGUUCGUCCUUUAAAUUUUCCUUCGACUAUAUCUGAUAUUCCACUUGUUGAAGCUGAUCGUACUAUACCUUCAUUAGAUAAGAUUGGUUAUGGAACUGGAAAUAAUAAUGUUAGACAAGAAAUUAAUACAUUCAAGACAUUAAUAGCUGCACAUGCUUCACUAGCAAAAGAAGUUGGCUUACGUGUUGUACAAGAGAAAUUGAAUACACCCUAUCCUGAUCCAAUGACAGAAGCGAAAGCACCAAUCCCAGUUGUCUAUUUUCAUUCUAUACGUUUAUUACUAACACAUUUGGGUUAUUUAUCGAUUGGUCCCUAUCAAAUGCCUCAGUCCUUAUGGUCACGUUCUGAGUUGAAACGUGACAAUCAGUCAGGUGAACGCUCUGGUCAAUCUAAUCAACGUAGUCCAUCACUGACAAGUAGUCGUAGGAUGACUAGUUUCUCGCCUACAUUGCCAUCGAAUAGCACUGAAGAUGAAUUGUUACCCUUGUUUCCAUUCGAUGUGGACAAUAAUACAGAAUUCUCUAAUAUACUGACCAAUCUAGAUCAAAUGCCGACUAGAACAGGUGAUACUCUAUUAGUGUUUUAUGUUGCUGCUGGACAGUCGAAAGUUGAAGAUAUCCUUGCAAAUAUGAAAAUUUGGUUACGAUUACCUGAAGCAUUUCAUCAGUUUUUGAGUGGUAUUGGUCAUUUUAAAAAUGUUCUUGGACAUCCAGGUUGGACAGGAAGUCUACAAACUAGUUAUCAUACAUCAAAUGAUUGUCUUAUACCAAAUCAAUUUAAUCAAGGUAAAGAUGUUCAUUUUUAUCAUUGUCCUGAUGGUAAUCAAUCAAUUAUCUAUUAUGCUGAUCCAAUGACUGAGUUAGCUUGUAUUUGUCCAACUGAUAAAUUUUAUAAAAAUGAAGAAAAAAUAGAAUAUCGUCGUAUAUCAAAGACUACACGUUCUCAUAUGGCUAGUGAGAAUCUAUCUAACACAACUCGUGGAACAAACCAAAGUGCAGUAGGUGUGGGAGAAGUUGGAGCUGAUCCAACAGGAGGUCGAGUAGCAGUUGUUUGGCUUGAACGAUGGGAAGAUGGGCCAAUGCAUUGUGGACCUGAUGGAGUUGGAAUGCAGAUACAGAAUAUGACUAGUCAAAAGUUUGACUGUCCUGUUACAAUAUACAUUCAUCCUUUGAGUUCUGGAUUGUGUAGAGUCGGAAUUAUGCGCCUUAAAGGUAGAACAUUCGAAGCUGGUCCACUUCAAUGUGGUUUGGUGUUAAGUCAACGUUGUCUUAGCAGUUUCGUAAGGCAAACGGUCAUCAAUUUAUCACGGCGACGUCGUCUAGCAUCUGAUUCAUUUCAACCGCCUCAUGUUCGACGUAGUCAUGAACUGUUUAGACUAGCUGAAGCAAAUCGUAAAAUUGUUAGAGUUCAAUCGUACGCUGGCAAUAAAACUAAUACACACUUAUGUACUACUUCUAAUAUUGUUCAGAGCCUUUUCUUUAAACAACUACAAAUUGCUUCAAGUUAAAAUCCCCUUGUGUAGUGGAUUCUGAAAAUCAUCACUUCUUGAAACAGUGUGUUGUAAACAAGAAGUUUCCAUUUACAUAUCGAACAGAACGUUAUUUUAUCUUUUUCUCCUUUUUUAUUUUCAUAUUUUCUAGUUUCGAGUAUUUGAUAAUUUACAAAAUAUACUUAUCUGUCUCAGU